AUGCGACAGUGCGAUGACGAGAAUGCGAUAACGCUAUGGCAACAAUGCGAUUACGCGAUAAUUUUGGCAGAAAACAAUAAUAAACAGGUGUUUGGUAAACCGACUAUAUACCCUACAGAUGGGUAUGAACGAGCAGCAUACCUCCGCAAAACAAGUUAUUCCUCAAUCAUUAAUGAUGUUCGUUUGCGCAUCCGAGCACAUUACGAUGAAACACAUCACGUUUUUUAUUGCCCUCUUUGUAAAAUAGCAUCAACAUUCUGGUCUCGUGUUUUCAAAAUGUUUGAGUAUAAGGAGACAACAUUUGUUGAGAUGCAUCCAUACGAAAUUAACAUUUCAGAUGUUUUAAAUAGUGAGUUGUACUUUUCCACAUCGCGUGGAGAAAUUUUAAGAUCAAAUGGCAUUUGGAGUAAAAUAAACGUUCAAGAUUCGUUCAAAUUUUUAUUUGUAAGGAAUCCAUAUGAUGUUUUAUUUUCCGCAUUUGUUGACAAAAUUGUCGGACCUAACCCGUAUUAUUGGAACGUUUUUAAAACGGAACUUGACUAUAAGAAAACUGAUGUAAGCAUCAAGUUGUGUGGUGCGGAUCUCAAGUUUGGACAAUUCUUACAAAAUGUUGUAAAGAGAUUUCUAGCAACUAAUACCCUAGAUUGCCAUGUAAAUACAUUGGAUGCAUGUCAACCCUGUACGAUGAACUAUACAUUUGUUGGAAAAAUGGAGACUUUAAAAGAAGACACAUUUCAUAUUUUAUCUAUGUUAAACCAAAGUAGAACUCUAGAAAUGUUUGAGAACCAGUUUAGUUCACUCUACGCAGACGAUGCAAUCAAAGAUUCAACAUCUGGACCGUUUAAGUGGAAGGAUGAAAUAGUUGAAUGCAUUCCUUGGGUUGAGGCUCUGCAGAGAAUAUGA